AUGGGCAACAAAAAGCGAGACUCCUUCGAGCUUCACGACGACAAUGCUUCGGAGAUCGGUUCCGAGGCUCGACCUGCCGGUGUCGAGGCCGAGGUAUUCUCGCAACCCAUUGGGUUCGUGCCUAAGUUCCCUGCACCGCCGCGAUACAUCAAGGUCAAAUCCCAGUACAGGAAACAGAAGGACUUCGAUAGGUUGUUCCUUGCUCAGAUCAUACUGAACGCACCCUCCUCCAAAGGUCGCAAGGCUGAGAUAGACUCGAAAAUUCACGACAUCGGCGAGACGCCCGCCGCUACGGGUCCCGCGCCGCCGAGAAAUUCAGCAAACCAUGCAAUAUGGGCGAUGGAAUUCUCAAGAGAUGGAAAAUAUCUUGCCGCUGCUGGUCAGGACAAGAAGCUCAGGGUGUGGGAGGUUAUAUCCUCCGCCGAGGAUCGGGACAAUGAGGAGAAGCUCUCUGAGACAAACGAUGAGAAUAUCAAGCUGAACGCCCCGGUAUUCAAAAGCAAGCUAUGUCGGGAGUAUGAUGGCCACACCUCGAGUAUACUGGACCUUAGCUGGAGCAAGAACAACUUCUUACUGUCGUCCUCCAUGGACAAGACCGUGCGGCUGUACCACGUGAGUCGCGCAGAAUGCUUGUGCGCAUUCAAGCACAAUGACUUUGUGACGUCGAUUCAGUUCCAUCCCCGCGACGACCGAUUCUUUUUGGCCGGCUCCCUGGAUUCGAAGAUCCGAUUGUGGAGUAUCCCGGACAAGAAUGUGGCGUACUGGGCACAGGUCCCGGACAUGGUUACUGCUGUGGCCUUUACGCCCGAUGGGAAGACCGCCAUCGCCGGGUGUUUGAACGGGCUUUGCAUACUGUAUGACACGGAGGGUCUCAAGGCCCAUUCCCAAAUCCACGUCCGGUCGGCACGGGGCAAGAACGCAAAGGGAAGCAAGAUCACGGGCAUUGAUACCAUAGCUCUGCCUCGAGAGAGUGCUCAACCAGAUGUCAAGCUACUCAUCACCAGCAAUGACUCGAGGGUGCGAAUGUACAAUCUGAAGGACAGAACCCUGGAAGUGAAGUUCCGUGGGAAUGAGAACUCAUGCAGCCAAAUCCAUGCCUCUUUUAGUGAUGACGGGAAAUAUGUCAUCUGUGGCAGCGAGGACCGCAAGGUCUAUAUAUGGCCAACAUCCGUCAAUGAACGGCCUGACAACGAAAAGAGGCCUAUGGAGGUGUUUGAAGCCCAUUCGGCCAUCGUUACCACGGCGAUAAUGGCGCCUGAAAAGACGAGGCGAUUGCUAGCACAGUCGGGCGACCCUCUAUACGACCUAUGCAACCCGCCACCAGUGACCUUGAGAAGCCGUGCAGAUUCAGUCAUUUCUUCCCGUGCGCCGACGAACAACAGUUCGGACGAAAAACAAAUCAAAGACGAAGCCAGGCUGUCCGAGUCCCCUCGACGCGCGCCAGAAACACCGGCAUAUCUGGGCCGUCACUCACAUCCCGGCGGUCAAAUAAUCGUGACGGCAGAUUAUACUGGACAAAUCAAGCUCUUCCGGCAAGACUGCGCUUUCCAGAAACGGAAAGCAGAGACAUGGGACACUGGCUCUACCUUUUCCAGAAAAAUGCUCGGUCGAAGCGGGUCAGUGGCUACGAGGAACUCGGCGGCGACUUCGCCCUCACACAGAAGCUCUUUUGUCAUGAAUCCGAAGACGCAGUCGACCGAUCGCAUAUUGAAUUGGAGGAACUCGGUGACCCCGACCGAUUCGGGCAACAACAAUUCCUCGACGAGCAUGUUGGAGAUGCGUGGCUCGUUAAAGGAUAACGAGAGGUCACGUAGCGCGUCACCCAGGAAGCUUCUUGGGCAUCGACUCUCCCUCCACAAAUCAUCGUCUCCCCGAAAAGACAGCGUCGCAUCUCCCACCUCUCCGGAAUAUCAAUCUCCGCUACAGCAAGCGCAGAAUGGGCCUGCGAUUACAGUUCAAUCGCCACUCGCCCAGUCGCCUCAAAGCUUUCAUUCAGCACCAAGGUCACCCGACCAAGAGAUGCUCACGCCACAAACCAGCCUGAAACCUCUACCUUCAAACCCCUCACCAAGCGACCUCCCGCAUGAGGCAAACGACCCUCUUUUUUUGAUGGGCCAGCAGUCCUACAUGGCCUGGGACAUGAAAAACACAUUAAUGCCCAUGGCGGCACAUGUGCCUCGAUCACCGGGCCUGCUCGGCCCAGAUGGGAACCCUCUUUCCCGCGCAGGCAGCUACGUCAGCCAGUUAUCCAGUGAUUUAACCGGUUCAGAGGAGGAUCCCAGUCCCGGUGGUAGCGUGGGUGACGACGAGCGGCAGGCUUCUGCAGUCAGUGCGAAGAACAGAAAGUCCUCACGACCACGGCGACAGAGCAGUGCCGGUAGCGAGAGUGAUUUGAAGUGUAAAAAGUGCGGAGGUACGACGUUUAAAGCGACCAGGACGGGAAAGGGGCAAAGUUUCCGAUGUAAAAAGUGCGGGACUUUUCUUUGA